ACACUCUGAACAGCAGUCAUCGGCUAACUGAAUUAUCACGUAAGAAUUUUCGACACCUCACAGAUAACCGGAAGCAGAUGAUGUAGAUUCUACCGAGUCCUUUUUUUUGCAAUCGUCAUUCUUAUUUGUAAUUGUCACAGGUGGUGCUAAGAUGUCAGGCAGUCGGAAAAGAGCAAGAAAUGGGGACACUACUGCAACCUCACCAGUUAUUAACGGAGAAUCGCUGCGAAGACCGACCUCAGUUGUGGGGCCAGCGCCUUUCUCUGAGAUGGAAGCAGCAGUACAGGAGAAUGAACGAACAGAUUACAGUAUAAAGAUCCCUCUGGAGACAGCCAAGGCAGGGACAGCUCCUAGAACAGUCCGAGUGUACGCUGAUGGUAUAUAUGAUAUGUUCCACUCAGGGCAUGCAAGGCAACUGAUGCAAGCAAAGAUGGCUUUUCCCAACACACAUCUAAUAGUUGGAGUUUGUAGUGAUAAACUCACUCACAAGAAGAAGGGAAGGACCGUAAUGAACGAAACUGAGCGAUAUGAGGCGUUACGUCACUGUCGCUAUGUCGACGAAGUUGUCAAGGCAGCGCCCUGGUCAAUUAGUGAUGAAUUCCUAGUCAAACACAAGAUUGACUUUGUUGCCCACGAUGAUUUACCAUAUGUAUCCAGUGAUUCAGACGAUAUUUACAAACAUCUUAAAGACAGAGACAUGUUUCUGGCGACGCAGAGAACAGAAGGAAUAUCAACGACGGAUAUCAUCGCCAGGAUAAUUAAGGACUACGAUAUGUAUGUACGGAGAAAUUUGACACGUGGUUACAGUGCCAAGGAACUCAAUGUCAGUUUUAUGAAGGAGAAAAAGAUUCAGUUUGAAGAAAAUUUGAACAAAAUGAAAGACAAAAGUCGGGAGUUGAUGGACAAAAUAAAGGACACUAAGGACAAAGGCAACGAAAUGAUCCAUCGCUGGGAGGAAAAGUCUCGAGAAUUCAUCACCAACUUCCUGGACAUGUUUGGACGUGAAGGCAGAAUUACAAGUUGGCUCCAAGAAGGUCGUGCUAGAAUAGGACAAGCCAUAUCUCCUGUUAACAGUGACGACGAAGAAGAUGAUGACAGCACAAAUAGCAGAGGUUCUACAGAAACUGAUCGAAACAAUGCGGGAAGUCCAGACUCGGUAACGAAGAGUCCGCCAGCAAAACGUGGCCGUAUAUCACCAGCUCUUGUUGGUGCUACGUCACAGGGGCAAGGCGACAAAGAUUUUCUAGAUUUGGAUCUUGAGGAUGAAACUAGCUGAACGUUUUUUGUCAUGGGUCUAUUUAAUGUACUGCCAUUUUAUUUGUUUUAUGUAUUUGUUAUGUGAUCUGUUGUUAAUUGGAUCCAACAGUGUACGGACCUGA